AUGGAUAAUGAUAAGGAAAAACGCAACGUUGAAGAGUUUCUUUUUAAAUGGGACGGUUCUAACAGCAAUUCCCUCAAUUUCGAGCCAUUUCCUACAUUAAAUGAAAGAGAUAUUAAACGUAGACUUAUUGACCCCAGGGAAGGAUCCAAUUUACCGGAAAAUACUCCCAAAUCCUCCAAUAAAUCGCAGCUGGAUGCACUAAAACUCAUCUUUCGCGACUCAGCGACAAAACCUCUCUCUGGUAACACGGAAAAAUACAUAAGAGGUGGUACAAAGGGUUCAGAAUUAGUAGAAGACAUUAAGGCUUUCCAGUUUGAAACCUGUAAAGAAUGGCUAUGCUCUGACAAAAAACCACCCGUACUAACGAGUUCUGAUACUCUAAAUAGACUCUCUUUUAUGAUAUUGAAUCCAGAAUUCUUGAUAAAAAAUGGAGCACUUAACUAUAACGCACGUUGGAAUAGAUCUGAGUAUGAACUUUACAAUGCCGCGUAUCUUGCAAAGCUUGGCUAUAUCAGCAAUAGUCCUAUCAUUGAAAUAACACGCCAACCUGUAUAUGUGCGUAAUAGGUUACUUCUUUCAAAGGAAACUAACAAAUGCAAUUGUCCCAUUGGUGUGUUUCCUUCACAAACUCCAACUUUGGCACAAAGAACUCUACAGACUCAGAACUAUUCUCCUGCAACCUCAGGAGCGGAACAACAGGCGAAUAAAACUACUUUAGGACACGGAUUUUUAACCAGAGUCUCAGGAAAUACGAAUACUACACAUCAAUCAAAUACCGUUGUUCCAUGGGAAAAAACUUUGCAUGGGUCCAAUAAUUUUGGGUUGAGCGUUAAUAACCAAGCGGAAAGUGUAAAAUUGGGGGCACCGCUUUCUAAUACUGUUACUAAUCCAAUAGCAAAUUUGAAUCAAAUACCCAAUAGUGAUGUUCUUUGCCCACUUCAUAAUGGCAAACAACUUCCCGAUGCUAUUAUAGGUACAAAUUGUAUAACAAAUAUACUUGAAGAUCUCUCCCUUGUUUAUAAAUAUGAAGAGGUGACAAUUUCUAACAAGGUUUAUCACGUGUUGUCGUUUCACAAAUUAUCUUGCGAUUCGACCAAAGUUUGGCAAUAUAAACUUCCUUCAAAACUAUGUGCUAUAAAAAGUGUCUAUGUAAAAGAUUUUGAGCUAGAAAGGGGUACAGGGAACUUCAAUUUUGCUUAUAACUCUACGAUGGACACGAGAAAUCUAUGGGCAAACUAUUUGUGUACAACAUACACAGGAAAUGCUUUGUUCAUAGUUACUAGGACAGAGAUAUUAUUAUGCGUAGUUAAGUUAUCAAAGAACAACGAAGUAAAUGCGAAUACGUUAACUUUGGGUGUUAUCUUGAGAGAUAAGAAUCCUGGUUAUCAAAUUAAGGAUGUAGUAUGCCAUAAGAAAACCGGAAGAAUUUUUUUGCUGUCUUCUGGUAGUUUAUUAUAUGAGUAUCAGUAUCAACUUGGAUUUGCUCCUAAAAGUUUUACGGACCAUCCAGUUUUUGUAUUUUUGGCUAAGGUGAAGAAUGAGGCCAUAAAAUUCAUAUCAAAGCUUGUAAAGCCAGAAAAUGUACAUAGAUUAUAUGGUACUGUAUCUACUGGUUAUAUUGACCCAGAAGGAUACGAUAUCGGAGACAACGAGGAUGAUGCUGCUAAAGCAUGGUGGAACGGAAGGGGCAACUGUUUGGGUGACCUAAACAAACCAGCACCAAAAAAACCCUGUUCUUAUUGGCCUCCUAUAAUAUGGAAAGAACUUUAUGUGGCAUUGCAUGACUCUACAUUUUCUGAAACACGUAAAAGUGAUGCCUGUGAUUGUACCGAAUAUGGCUCAUGUGCUUCUUCGGAUAUACAGAGACAUUUAAAACUUCUUAACCCAUGGAACAAAUCUAUGUUUGACCUUUUUAGCGUAGGUGAAUCAAUAAUAACAGUGGACGAAAAGCGCUGGCUAGUGUCCUUACUUAAUCUUGAUAGUGGUGAUUUGUCUGUCUACAAGAUUCCAUCGGCAUGUUCUUUGCAACAAUAUCUGACAUCUGUUGAGACUUAUGAUCGCAUUUUCCCAUAUGAUCUUACCUUGUACAAUUUGAAGAGUAGCCAAAUGACCUUAAUCUUGGGUAGACUAGGAUUUUCACGUUACGGUGGUUCACCAUCUCUUAAAUACACCAAGGUAUUUCCUGCACCAAUAGGGUUUAUAGAAGGAGUUGAUAUAGUAUUGGUUGAUACAAACGGAACAAGAGUGUUUGUAGGGUUUUCUGCAGGAGAUAACAAGAUAACAUUGUCCGUUAAGGGUUUUAGAAUGGCACACAAUUUGAAUGCACAACCUACGGGACAGCGACCUAUGGGUUAUGUAUUAUCUAAUUUUUCAAUGCCAAUUUUUAGAUCAAAAAAUCCCCUUGUAAAUGUAUUCAUAGUGGAUGAUUUGUUUGUGACGGCACACACGCACUUAAAGUCUGAAACAUCCACAAUUCUUAGGAUAACAGUAACAAGUAAUGACUCUACAAGUUUUUUUCAACCAUAUUUGACCCAUUCUUUAUCAGUAUCUGAAGAAUUAUGGUCUCAUAAUCAAACAACAAAUGUCAGUGUUAGGAAUGGUGAUGAGGACAUUAUGCCAACAGAAUGGUUUGAUACUUUCUAUAUACGCUUGGCUCCAGGAGAAAAUCUUGUUAGUAUGAUUCUUUUGAAUCCUAAAUCUACUGAUGAAAAUAAAACUUUGCUUCUAAUCACAACCAACAAAGUCUAUUCAUUUUCAAGAGCAUCGUUGUUAAAAUAUGUUGAAACACUUGUAAAAUAUCCAUUAACCACAACAAAACUACUGGACUUACCAACUAUAACAAAAGAAUAUAACUUGCUUAAUUCCAGAACUUGUGAUAAGAAUCAUUAUGAUGCUCUGGUCCCAUUUAUUGAUUUGUUUAGAGGGAAAGAUUCCAUCGAAUUGUGUAGCGAGACUAUCAAAAGAGGGAGUGUUGGCCAGUGCCUCUAUUACUUAUCUUGGAUGUAUACUUCUGAAAAUAUAUUCAAGACCUGUUGGGAAUACCUUUCGAAAGUUCUUUUCAAAAAUUGUGAUAUUACAGAUUCUAUCGAUUCUGAAAAAAACAUGAUUAAGGAGCUUAUGAUUAACUCAGAUACUGAAAGUUCACUAGUAUUAACAUCACUUGGUAUAUCACCUAAGAUAUUCGAUUGGAUAGGACCGGGAUGCUAUGCUAUAAAUGAGGGUGUUUUAGAAAAACCCGUUGUAAGUCCGUGGUGUAAGUUCAUUAGUUUUGGUAGUGUAAAUCGCAUAAAAUGCAAUCGGGCAACUGCAAAUCUAAAUUCACAAGCUAUAGAUGGGUUAUUGUCUCUAAUAUCUAAAAUUCUUGAGCCAUUCUGGGUACAACGUUCAUUUAUCUCGGUACCAUUAUUUACAACGCUUACAACUAUAAACAAUGGCACGAUACCAGUUGAUCUAGGGAAUCAGCUUGGGAAUAGGAAUGAAUUUGUUGUCGGGUGUAAGGUUCAUACUGACCUGGUCUUGAAGCUAAGUAAGCCACUUGAUGAUAUCAAAAGUACACUCGAGGAAUUACGUGUCUUGUAUCUGCUCGUAGGUCACUUGAUGAGGGCUUAUGACAAAGUUGACAUUGAAAAAGUAGUUGAGAAAAUAACGAGACUCCCUUUGAACGUGCAAAAGGAGAUUAUUAAAGAUUCCAACCCCUCAAAAUCUCUAUUAGAAUCUGCUAAUGGUCUUAGCGAGGGUAUAUCAAGGUGGGCACAUGAUAGAUUUAAAGUUGAUACCAAAAUUCUCAAUGAAAUAGCUACAAUCUUGGAAAUUUCGCAAGAAUAUAUCGCAUGUUGUGAACUUAUAAACGAGAAGUGUAAAUUCGGAAACAUUGAGUAUGAUUUUGACAAGCUCUUGAAAAAUAUGAAUAUGCUUCCUUCAAAGUCUCCGUAUCACAAUUUUACUAGCCACGAUUUGUCAUUUUUAUUUACAAAGGCUAAUAAUACAGAUGAAAUAGUAUCGCCGUUUUCUCUAUUAUUUUCAUCUGAGGAACAUAAAAAUACCCUUGAAAUGUCACACAAUAUCUUUAGCGUAAUAUCACAUUCAAAUAUGCUGAAUUUGUAA